AUGCAGCGCGCCUGGCUACGGGAGUUCAAUGGCGUGGGGCUGCAGCUGCGGCCGGCGGCGGCGAAGUUGGUGACGCAGUUCCUCACGACGUGCGAUGACCCGACCUCUGUCGCAGAGGCCCUAGUCGCGCACACGAAGACCUACACUCGGCAGCUCUCUGGCGUGACGGCGGCGUUCAUCGAUCAGGACGUGAUCCAGGCCGUCAUCAGCACCAUGCUGGAGGCCUCCAAGGAGUCCGCAGGCGGCGGUCUCGUCCAAGAGGCGGAUGUGAAACAGAGCAUACAGGUCGGAGAUUUGGGCGACGGCACCUACGUGUACAACGUCCUCAAGGACGUGAAGCCUUGCGACUACGACCGCUCCUCGAAGGCGUGGGUGCUCUCGUCAAAGAGGCCGAAACUGUUCCCAGGCUGCGAUGUGAAGUCAAAAAUUUACGCCGACCGCUACUUCAUCCUGCUGCAGCGCCUGCUGUUAGAAAACAGGCUCGUGACCGAGGCGGAGGCGGCAGCGAUUGGGGUGAUGCCCAACCAGCGCGUACUGACUCCAGUGGAAUCGCUGGUGGGCAACCCGGGCCGGAAGCUCACCUUCGGCCUCAUGUCGCGGGUUCAGGACGACAAGAGUCGUACUUGGGUGAUUGAGGAUCUUAACAAGGUGUACCCAGUGGAGCUCGAGGUCGAUACCACUCAUCACCUCAUGACGGAUGGGUCAUUCGUGCUCGCGGAAGGGGAAGUAGUCGGAGACAAGUUUAGGAUCCAGUCCUUACAGGUUCCUGACGCAGUGUCCCGUGCUGUAUCCCUCGAAAAAGACUUGAUACCAAGGCAGGGGUUUGGAGGCGAUAUCUCGGAAGAGCAGCUCGAUCUGUUGGCCACCCACGAGUCUUCUCCAGAAAACGAUGGCAUGUUUGUAAUCCUUUGUGAGGUGCAUCUAGACAAUCCAAGAGUCAUCGAGAAAUUGAGUGACGUUUUUCAGGGCUACGAGGAAAGUAGUCCGCCAGCGGCGUACAUCUUUAUGGGAAGCUUUUGCUCCUCCUCUUUCGUGCCCAGCGCCGAUGGCGUCAGGCUUUACAAGGACGGUUUUGAGAGAUUGAAGUUCAUGAUGAAGUCUUUGCCCAACCAUGUUCAGAAUGGCACGCGCUUCGUCUUCAUCCCUGGUCCGCAAGACCCAGGAGCACAGACUCUGCCCCGAAUGCCGCUGACGAACUUCUACACGUCGGACCUCGCGAAGGACAUCCCGAACGUCAUCAUGGCUUCGAAUCCCUGCCGGGUGCGCCAUUUCAGUCGCGAAUUGGUGUUCUUCCGCCAUGACGUGUUGCGGCUUCUCCGGCGGCACGAGAUGCUACCGCUGCGGGACCCUCAGACCGGGGGCGCCCCAUCGCCGCAGUAUUUGCGCGAGGAGAUGAUCCGCUUCCUGGCAGACCAGGCGCACCUGGUGCCCCUCCCCCUGGAGGAGAGCAACAUCCUCUGGGCUUACGACUUCGCGCUUCGCUUAUAUCCGCUGCCCCAUGCUGCGUUCAUAGGGGGUAUAAGCGAAGCUUUUGACUGCAAGCACUUGGAUAGCACCUUCUGUAGCGUAGGCCCCUUCUUCCGCGACGCCUCGUUCUACGCCUAUUACCCGAUCAAGGACAUGCUAGAACCGUGCGACAUACCUGACCGUGGGGCUUGA